CCCACGGAAGCAGCGCAGCUCCUAUAGCCUCCUCGCCCUCGUCUCUCCCACACUCUGUUUCCUCCAAACAGCUUUGUAUCUCGAGCUCUCACUAUUUCGCGUGCGUCAAGCUUCUCCAAGCUCUCGCCAUGGCCAAGAACACAUGCAAGCUCUGCUCACGCCGCUUCGCGAGCCCCCGCGCCCUCGCCGGCCACAUGCGCUCCCACUCCGUCGCAGCAGCCGCAAGGUCGCAGAUCUCAUCGGCGUCCUCAGCGUCCACGUCCUUCGCGGCCGGAGACGACGCCGCCGCCGCGGAAGCCAAAAAGGCCAUAAACCAGGGGUACGUGCUCCGGGAGAAGCCCAAGCGCAGGGUCCGCCUCGCCGAGUCCGACUUCUCGGAUCGGGAGAGCGAGGCGGAGUACCCCACGCCGGACGCCAAGCGCGCCGCGCAUGCCGGAUCAGCUGACACCGAGCCGCUGAGCUCGCUGUCCGACGCCGCCACGCCGGAGGAGGACGUCGCGAUGUCCCUCGUGAUGCUCUCCCGCGACUCAUGGCCAGCAACGGAGGCGCCGUGGGCAUCGUCCUACCUCGCCGACUCCGACUCUGGGAGCGACGGCGGCGGGGAAGCGCCCCGUCAUCAUGCCGCGGCCGCGCAGAAGCGGACGCGGUUCCAGUGCCCUGCGUGCAAGAAGGUGUUCCGAUCGUACCAGGCCCUCGGCGGCCACCGCGCCAGCCGCGUCCGCGGCGGCAGGGGCGGCUGCUGCGCGCCUCCGCUUAAGCCGCUUCCUCCUCGUCCUGCUGCUCAUCUGCAGCCAUUGCCGGAAUGCGACGGCGGGGAGGGAGGCUCGAAGCCGCAGCCGCAUCCGCACGAGUGCCCCUACUGCUUCCGCAUGUUCGCGUCCGGGAAAGCUCUCGGCGGGCACAAGCGGUCCCAGCUCUGCUCAGGCGCUGCCGCGGCCGCAUCGGACGCUGAUCCUGCGGUCGCGAUCAAGAGCCUCGGCCUCAUUGAUCUCAACCUCCCGGCGCCCUUCGACGACGUGGUGGAGCUCUCUGCUGUGUCAGAUCCCUUCCUCUCGUCAAGGCCAGGUUCCUGAACUGAAAGCAAGCAGAGCAAGCAAUCGGGGCUGCUUUCGGUUGAUUCCAGUGGAGGUGAUUCAGGCUCUGGACUAGCGAGCUGCUGCUUGGCCUGGAAGCCAAAAAGGUAAAGAAAAGUAUUAAAAAAAGAGACAUCUUUGCUUGGGUAGUUCCGUUUUAUAUUUUGUUGCGUCGAUCGAGCUACAAAAUUGUUUGUUGUAGUUCCCCCCUCAAUUCUGGUCUGUCCUUUUGUUUGUUUCGAGCUAUGGAAUGAGUAGAUUUGAGCAGCAAACAG